AUGGUAAGAAGAAUUCUAGAUUUGGUUCGUUUGUUUGUUGAUCUGCCAUCCAUUAAUUACGAUGGGUAUAUCAUCGAUUGGUUUGCCUUCCUGACAUCGCCUUUUCAUCAAGCUCCAGGAUUUUCGGCAGAGCAGAUCAGUGCACUUGCUGCUUUUGCACAGGAAGAAAUGGAUAACAGGACGAAGCAUAAGCCAAUGUCAGAAGCAUCUGCACCAUUUGCUAAAUCAAUAUUGGCUGGAAAUGGUAUCCGGACUGCCACGGAGGACCCUAUCCGGGAGGCUGGGUCCCUGGCUGAUCCACCAAAGUUUUCAUGGGAAGUCCUUGAUUUGGGCGGCCAAGUCUGGAACAAAAGUGAACAUGCCAGUACGCCUGUAGUAGUGGAGUGGUUUAAUCAACACCUGUUGGCUGGGGAAGAAAAAUAUGGUCUCAAGGUUGUAACUGGUGCAGUACUUCCAAAGGCGAAGGGCAACAGGAAAAGCGCCGCCGGGAAAGGUGACAUUGCAAUUGGAAAAUUGGAGAAUAUGGAGCAUGGAGAGACUUUUACUUUUGUGAAUGGUUUAGUUGAACUCAAAAUGGAUAGAUCUCUUAUCAAGACUGGACAAAACUUGCUGGAACUGUUUGCUCUAUCCAUGACAAGCAAACUUGAGACAGGUCUUGCUCUGCUGGCCGCAAAUUGUGAUAAAACAUGGCAGAUCUUCCAUUUCUCAGAAUCAGGCGUUAUUACACACAGGUUUUAUAAUCAUGGCGGAAAAGCGUGGGAAGAUUUCAUGAAGUUGAUCAAGUCUGCAGAACAACGGCAACUUCAAAACAUUCCUGCAGCUUUGCUGGCAGCAAUCAAAGAAGAUGACAAGGGCGAAGAAGACGAACAGGACUUGGGUGGCUUUGACAUACCAGCUCACGGAAAAAAGGCACCGAGCAUUGGAUGA